AUGCCUUGCAUUUGUGAAGUAUUCAAAGGUAUGAGGUCCUCUGAAGCUGUAAGAGAUGAUGCUAUCCUAGCAAGCUUUUCUGAAUCAGGCACAAACUGGCUAAGUCAAAUCUUAACUGACCUGAUAGCCAUAUCUCAAAAGAAAACACCAGGUAGUGAAAGCAAUGUGAAUGCUGAAGAACCAGAAGAAUUCCCCUACCUCGAAGUUGGAGAUGCUGAAAAAUAUGAGCGAAUGAUCAAAUUACCUUCUCCAAGAUUUAUGGUUACUAAUCUCCGCCCUGAAAAUCUUCCCCAAUCUAUCUUCAAAAACAAUGCCAAGAUAUUAUUACUGAUUCGUAAUCCAAAAGAUGUUGCUACAUCUUUCUACCAUUUUUCCAAUGGCCUGCCUACUCUUCCCUCCUAUGAGACCUGGGAUGAUUUCUUCACAGAUUUCAUGACAAAGAAAACGGCCUGGGGAUGCUACCUUGAAUACCUUUCUGAAUGGAACAAAUAUGCUGACACAGAAAAUAUUAUGACAAUGACUUAUGAAGAGGUAAAAGAGAAUCCUGCCCUGAGUGUGAAAAACAUAGCUACAUUCUUUGGAAUUGCUCUGACUGAGGAAGAGCUCCAGCUGGUGGUAGAGAGGAGCAGCUUCCAGUCUAUGAAGAAAAACUCAGACAAGACCCAUGGGUCAUUUGGCAAGGUUCUCUUUCGCAAAGGUGGUGUAAGUGACUGGAAGAAUCUUUUCAGUGAAGAUCAGAAUGAGAAAAUGGACAAAGCAUUUGAAGAACAUAUAGCAGGAACGACACUCGGGAAAAAGUUGAAGUAUGACUUAUACUGCAAAGUUUGA